UGCAUUACAACAUUCAAGUAAUUCACUUGUAACAUCCAAACCCAACCAAACCGUUCAUAUCUCUUCGUGUGUGUGCCGUGUCUCUCUCUCUUUCUUUCUUGAAUUAUACACAAAACACAAACAUAUAUAUAUAUGUGUGUGUGUGUUUUCAAGUGUGUGUUACUUUGUGUAAUUUCAUUUCUCCCUCUUUGGAAAUCUAGCCCCUUUUAAAAACAACUUUCACGUUACGCCACAACACAAAAUUAAAGUAAAAUCAACAUUUCAAGAAUCGGGCAUAACCUUAAAAAAUUGAAUCUUUUUUGUUUUUGGUUAUCUGGGGUUAGCGUUUUAUUAAUCUUUAUUGUUUUUUUGGUUAUCUGGGGUUAAGUUAUUGCUUCUGGUCAUCUGGGGUUAAGUUUUCUGAUAAAAAGAUUGAAUCUUUAUUGUUUUUGGUCAUCUGGGGUUAAGUUUUUUGAUAAAAAGAUUCAGUUUUUAUUGUUUUUGGUUGUGGGGUGUUGAGGAAUUUGGUGUGAAUAGAUAAGUUUUGGUGUAAAAGGAAGGGGUUUUAUUAGGGGGAUAUGAGGAUGAGGGGUGAAAAUGUAAAUGUAGUGGGGUAUGAGAGGGAGGUAGAAGAAGAAGAAUUGGAAGAGGAAAUGGAAAUGGUGGGGGCGCUUGGGUCUCCCCAACAACAAAUGAAGUUGGUGGUGGUAGGCUAUGCUCUUACAUCCAAGAAAACUAAGAGCUUUUUGCAGCCCAAGCUUGUAGGUCUAGCUAGGAACAAGGGAAUACUGUUUGUUGCUAUAGAUCAGAGCAGACCCCUUUCAGAUCAAGGUCCUUUUGACAUUGUGCUCCACAAGUUGUCAGGAAGCAAGUGGAGCCGUAUUCUUGAGGAUUAUAGGCAAACACAUCCACAUGUCGCUGUCCUUGAUCCUCCAGAUGCCAUACAACAUGUAUAUAAUCGUCAAUACAUGCUUGAAGAUGUCGCAGACCUGAACUUGUCAGAUAGCUAUGGCAAAGUAGGUGUUCCCAGGCAAUUGGUUAUAGAGAAAGAUCCUUCAUCUAUCUCAGAUGCAGUGGAUAAAGCUGGUCUUUCACUACCUCUUGUCGCAAAGCCCUUGGUUGCAAAGUCACAUGAGUUGUCUCUGGCCUACGAUAUGGUCUCUCUUCAGAAGCUUGAACCCCCACUUGUUCUGCAGGAAUUUAUCAAUCAUGGAGGUGUACUUUUUAAGGUUUUUAUUGUUGGGGAAGCCGUUAAGGUGGUCAGGCGUUUCAGUUUACCCGAUGUUAGCAAACGCGAGCUGUCAAAAAGUGCCGGUGUCUUCCAUUUCCCUAGAGUUUCAUGUGUUGCACAAUCUGCAGAAGAAGCUGAUUUAGAUCCUUGUGUUGGUGAGCUUCCUCCACGGCCACUACUUGAGAGGCUUGCUAGGGAACUUCGUCGUAGACUGGGUCUCAGGCUCUUCAACUUGGAUAUAAUUAGAGAGCACGGGACUAAAGACAGUUAUUACGUGAUAGAUAUCAAUUACUUUCCUGGGUACGGAAAAAUGCCAGAAUAUGAGCACAUAUUUACAGAUUUUCUCCUGAGCCUGAUGAAGCAAAAAUAAUAAGGGAAUCCUCUCUGGUUAUAUAUAUGUAACUUGUAUAUAUAGGAGAAGAGGAUAUCAUCCAGUCAGUACUAGCAGGAGAACUUAAACGAGUGCGAUGACUAAAAGCUAUUAAAAGACGCGGGCGGAGAAGCACAAAAGAAGUUCCAUCAUGUCUGAAAUGAUUUCUGGCUGAAGUUCCAGCACACAAUUCCAGUAACCAAGCCUGGGCUCCAAUUUUUGUUCGUUUAUUCAAAAUUUUGGCCAUUUUGUUCUUUCUUUGGGUUGGGGGGGGGGGGGGGGGUUACUCUGUGUGCAUUUCCCUAGCGGUACGAUCUUUAGUUGGUAGUAUAUUUUGGAAGUUUGAGUCCCUGGUAAUGUUUUCUGGAAAGUAAAUGUGCCUGUAUCUAAAUGUGCCUAAAUUUUUGCAGCCACCUUGUAUAAAUGCCUUUCUUUAAUAGGAAUAUGCAUUCUGUA